UGAGAGUACUUUCAAAUUGAUCAAGAGGCUCGAGUAGGGAAAACUUUAAUAACAUAUAAAAUUAAGUAUCGUACGUAUUUAAAUAUUACUUAUUUAAUACAAUAACACACAGAUAUGUCAAAUAAAAUCAUUCUUCUAAAGAUUACGAUACAUUAUUUGCUUUAUUUUGAAGAUAGAAAAUGAGUAUUUGCCCCACUCUACACCCGCUUUCAACCCCGAUCAAUUGUGAUGAGAACGUGUUAGAUUCUAGUCAAAAAUAUAACCACACAAAUCAAAAAUUGAAUCUUAAAUCAAAAUAGAUAAAAAUAACAGUAAGUUUGGGACAAACAUUGCAAUUUAGGAAACAAUCAACUUAUUUAAUCUAACUUUCCAUAUUCGAUGUUACGGUCUCAAGAAGAUAAUUUAAGAUGACUGGAAACGAUAACAACGUAUGUCCCCUACUGAAAAACCCAGAAAAUUAUAACCCUGAUUCUCUAGAUCUGAUAAAUAAUCUGGAAGCCAGGGAUUAUUGGCUGAAUUGUUUAGAACAGAUGGUGAAGAAGUUCGUGAACAAAGCCAAAUAUUUGCAUCCAGACGAUCCUGAAGCCACCAAAAAAGCGGAAUUGUGCUAUCAAGACUUUCAUAUAUUAGUACAACAGAUCAAUUUGGACCCCACAAUUUUAAAACCCUUAAGCAUUCGCAAAUUACUAGAAUGCAACGAAGACAACCUCAGAGCCAGAAGCUUCAAAGAUGCGUGGUUGGUUCAGAAACAAACGGAAAGCUCACAUGCCUUAAGCCAAUUUAAAUCACGAAUCGACGUCAUAGAUUCUAUAACGGAUUUCGAAGAAAAAUGGUUGCAAAUAGUGCAAGGUGUAUUGGCUGGAAAUUUUUUCGAUUGGGGCGCCAAAGUUGUUACUGAUAUUCUGGAAAGUUCAAAGGAUUUUGGUUUUCAAGACGCUUCAAAGAUUAUCCAGAAAAGACCUUGGUAUUCAGAUAAAUUUGACGAUUUUGUUAAUAAAUUAAAGAUCCGACCAUACAAAACAUGCGUUAUAUUCGUUGACAACCUAGGAGUCGAUUUCAUCCUUGGCAUCCUUCCCAUGGUCAGAGAAUUCCUCUCCGAGGGAACCAAGGUUAUUUUGACGGCAAACACGUUUCCUGCUUUGAACGAUGUGACCUUCCAAGAACUUAAUACUUACUGUCAUAAGGCUGCAGAGUAUUGCAGUAUUUUUAAGGACAGUUUAAAAAGCAAACAAUUGAGUUUUGUGGAAAACGGACAAAAAGGUCCUUGUUUGGACUUGGCUAAUCUUUCGGCUGAUUUGUGCGAGUGUAUGAAGACGGUCGAUUUGGUAAUAAUUGAGGGUAUGGCGCGCGCCGUUCACACGAAUUUGUACACGAAACUGACAGUUGACUGUCUGAAAUUGGCUGUGCUGAAGAACGAGUGGUUGGCCCGAAAUUUGGGCACUGAAAAGUUUUCAGUUAUUUGUGAUUUCGACUCCGAGACUUGAAUAAUGGUGUACCUGAUAAAUAUAUACUUUAUUAUUUUAAAAG